AUAGUGGUUGGGAUGAUGACAAUGGAAAUGAUGUUACUGAAGAAAUACAAAACCUAAAAAACAAAGAACUUAAAUUAGAGUGGAAGGAAGAAAGUGAAUUAAAAAAAAUAAAACGUGGUCAAUAUAUGACAGGAAAGACUUCAAGAUCAAGUUAUUAUGAAAAAUAUGGACCAACCAGUUCAUUUACCAAGGCAGCC